AAUAUAAUAGUAUAGCCGCGCGGCUAUAAUAUUUAUUAGGAAAAAAAAUGUAAAAAAAGGGCCAAAAAAAGGCUAAUACAAGCUUUACAUUUCCCUCGCUGCCUGGCUCGCUUCACUGAAUCACUUCCCAUCAAAGUCUUCAAGUUCAAGGCCAAAAAAAAGGUGGGCAAUUCCUCAUUCGAGCUCUCAUGGCUCCUCCCAAGAAAUAAAAGAAAAGCAAGAAAGAUAGGAAAUUGAAGAAAAACUUGAGCUUGGUUCCAGUCGAGCCUAAAGCUGCAGACUUUGACUGGUGGGAUAGUUUCUUCAACCCAAGGUUGCAAUAUCUGUGAUCAGGGUACUUUUGUUUGUGACAAGGCCAAGGACUUUUGUUCAAGGAAACCUUCCAAAUUCCAUGGUUUGCAGAAAUGUUGAGCAGUAUCCCAAUGCAAGCAAUGUUCCUGGAAUUCUCAUACUUGAGAUUGAUGCUCCCAUUUACUUUGCAAAUACCAACUACUUAAGAGAAAGGCACACAUGUUGGAGAGGACUUGAUGAAGGCAUCGUUGUAGUUGGGACUUGCAUGAUUUAAAAGCUACAAUGGCUGGUUGCAUGUCAACCCCAUCCAAAACAAUUAAAUCACGGAAAAAACACUGUCAGCAGGUCAUCAAACGCCAUAAAAAGGCAACCUGCUCUGCUUCAGAUAGUACCAAGAAAAGAAAUACCAGUUUCAAGAAAAUAAAUAGCGAUGCAGGAGAUUGCAUGAGUGACUAUGCUGUCAGUGAGUUUGUUUAUGUGGACUUUGAGAAUGGUGCAACAACUACUCACAGAAGAUCUAAGGUUCCUAAUUCAACAUUCCAUCUCACCCAGCUGCAAUGGCACCACAGUCAAUAUGAUUUGAAUGUAAUUUGCCAAGAGGAAGCUGACUCAGUGAGUAUUCUGGAGUCUGACUCGGAUGAUGACUUUAUCAGUAUACAUGGAGAUGGUUUUCCAUUAGCAAGCAAUCCAGUUGGGAAUAUCUCAAGUGGCCAAGUACUUCAGUACGAAAGAUCUGCUCGCUUUGUUGAUAAUGGGUGUAAGUAUGAAGAAUACCAAAGCUAUAUGAAAAUAGAUGGAGGUAAAUCAGAUAAAAUCACAGGCAAAGAUGAGCGCAGGGAAUCAAAUCAGUUUUCGCUUAUUAGUACCCAGGGCUAUGAGCUUUCUCGCCUAGGGAAGGCUGAUGAAGUUUGCAGUAAGAGGAAGAAUAUAUUAGAUCACUCUUAUGGAAGCUUUAAAGGACUUAUAGAGGAUGGACGUGAUUCUAAUGAAAAAAUUCAAGACAAUGCCCUGAAAUCCGGCUUAUCUCAAUUGGUACCUUAUGUAAGUUUCAACGAUAAGAUCCUAAGUGCAGAGAGUUUGGUUCUGCAGUCCCAGAGAAAGCCAUUAGCCGUUUUCAGACUUUCUUUUAAAAGGAGAGCCAGUGAUGCAGAAGAAACCAUUGAACAAUAGGUCAAUCAAAAAGGUUUCUGUAUUGGCCUAGACCAGGAUAUAUCAUUCCAUUUUGUAAAGUAGAGAUGCCGACUUCAGGAUCUUGGUCUGAGAUUCCACCCUCAACUUUUAAAUUCGGUGGUGAGAACUAUUUCAAAGAUUACGAAAGUCAACUGCUCCGAACUACAGUCCAUAUACUCCAAUAGGUGUUGAUGUGUUUGUAUGCCCCAAAAAGAUACAUCACAUUGCCCAGCAUCUUGAGCUUCUCAAAGUGAAAGCAAAUGGGAAAGUGUUCAUUUUGCCUACUUAUCCUGCUGCAAUGUUUCUUCGUGAUAGUGAUGGAGAGGAGAUGAGUCUUGUAAUGUAUUUCAAAGUUUCUGAGAAUUUUGAUAAAGACAUCUCUCCUCAAUUCCAAGACAGCAUCAAGGUAACUUCAUUUUGUAUGCAACUUCAUCCAUUUGGAUAGGCGUGUACUUUAUUCUGAUGUACUCUCCCUGAUGGAAAUGUGAUCUUAUGUUCUAUUGGAACAUUCAGUCUGUUGAUAUAUUUGAAUGAUGCUUUUAGAAAAUGGUUGACGAUGAG